AGCUGUACGAAAUAUCAUUUUCUUUUCCCCCAACACUAUAUAUAUAUAUAUACCCCCGCAUUUAUUCUGUCCACCACAUAGUUACCGGAGCUAAUUCUUUUUUUUCCGAUCUGUUAAAUCCCGCCAUUUGAUAAUUCACAAAUUCUUACUGCUUAGAUUGUUUGUGGAGCAUGGGGACGGAUGGUAAAAACCGGCAUGUGAUCAAUCUACAGCCGAAUAGCAACGGUUUUUAUAUGCGCAAAUUCAAGCUUUACGAGACUCGCUCGAACUUCUACAUGGUUGGAUGGGAUAAGACCAGAACUUUUUGGAAAGUAUUAAAGAUUGACAGAUUAGAAUCUUCAGAGCUGAUCAUUCAUGAAGAUCCUACCACAUAUUCAGAAAUCGAAUGUGCAGAUCUCCUAAACAGAAUACAUGAAGGAAACAAGUCCACUGGAGGGCUUAAAUUAGUUUCUCGCUGCUAUGGAAUUAUUGGUUUUAUAAAGUUUUUGGGACCUUAUUACUUCUUGGUUAUCACGGAAAGAAGGAAGAUUGGAAAAAUAUGUGGUCAUGCUGUUUACGCUAUCACUAAGAGCGAGAUGAUACCGAUUCCCAAUUCUACCGUGCUUUCCAAUAUGGCUUAUUCUAAGGAUGAGAACAGAUAUAAAAAGCUCCUGCGCAGGAUGGAUCUCACAAAGGACUACUUUUUCAGCUACUCCUAUCAUAUCAUGCUUAGUUUUCAAAAGAAUCUAAGCAACUCAGAGACAGGACUCGCCCUUUAUGAGACAAUGUUCGUAUGGAAUGAAUUCUUAACUCGAGGAAUUCACAAUCAACUCCAAAACACUCUCUGGACUGUUGCAUUAGUCUAUGGGUUCUUUAAACAGGCGACACUUACUAUUUCUGCGCAGGAGUUCAUCUUAACCCUCAUUGCUAGACGUUCUCGUCAUUAUGCUGGUACCAGAUAUUUAAAAAGAGGAGUAAAUGAGAAUGGUCAUGUAGCAAAUGAUGUUGAGACAGAACAGAUUGUGUUUGAAGAUGCACCUGAAGGGUCCCUAUUUGGAGUAAGCGCUGUUGUACAGAACCGUGGUUCAAUACCUCUUUUCUGGUCUCAGGAAACUUCGCGCUUGAAUAUAAAACCUGACAUCAUAUUGUCUAGGAAGGACUUUAAGUUUGAAGCCACCAAACUUCACUUUGAAGAUCUUGUUCAAAGAUAUGGAAAUCCAAUUAUCAUAUUAAACUUGAUUAAGACUCAUGAGAAGAGGCCCAGAGAAAUGAUUCUUCGUGCAGAAUUCGCUAAUGCUAUUGAGUUCAUAAAUAAAGAUCUUCCUGAGGACGACCGCUUGAGAUUUCUUCACUGGGAUAUAAACAAACCCCCGAGAAUCAAAGCUACAAAGGCCAUGAUACGUCUAGGCGAUGUGGCUGCUAAUGCUUUGGAGUUAACUGGAUUUCUCCACUGUCAGUUUAUACCUACUUCAAGAACUGAAGAGUUGCUUAAACUGUCAUCCAUCGGCUGUGGCAAUAGAGGAGACCAUGUUAAAAAGGACCUUUAUGAAAUGGAUGCUGAAAUGGACAAUGAGUAUGAUGAUCUGCGUGUAGCUUACUGUGUCAAAGUUUUAAAAGUCCAAAAGGGAGUCUUAAGAACGAAUUGUGUAGACUGUUUGGAUCGCACAAAUGUUGGCCAGUAUGGGUAUGGGCUGGUUGCUCUGGCCCGUCAGCUGCAUGCCUUAGGCUUUGUAGAUGUGGACAACAUCAACAUUGAAACACAUUCUCCUAUAGCACAUGACCUAAUGGAGAUGUACGAAGAAAUGGGAGACACUCUUGCACUACAAUAUGGUGGCUCUGCUGCACAUAAUAAGAUAUUUUCAGAAAUAAGAGGCCAAUGGAAAGCAACAACAAGGUCUCAAGAGGUCUUUCGAACGGUUCAGCGCUACUACAGUAAUGCGUACAUGGACCCUGAGAAACAAGAUGCCAUUAAUGUGUUCUUGGGCCAUUUCCAGCCACAAGAGAGUGAGCCGGCUCUGUGGGAAUUGAAUCCAAACCAGCAAUAUGAUGUUAGGAGGCAUGGAUCAAGUCUAACUGCAGAACGUUCUAGGUCAUUUAUUAAAAGGUCGCUAUCAGAAGGAAACAUAAGCUGUGGAAGCAGCUCUCAUGGUAGAGACACUGACAUAGAUCAGACUGAAGACACUUACCAGCCUUUGACUGACAGUGGAAAAGGUUGUAAGGGUAUUUCGGAGUCCACACCAGAAAUCUCUACAUGUGACAGUGAUAUUCCGUUUACCAGGUACAACCCCUCAAUGUCAGGCAGACAUCUUUUCCAUGAUAUGCAGUUAGAGCAGUGUGUAGGAAGUGGUAGCAUGAAAUUUCACGAGGGUGCAUUGUUCGAUUCCUCAAAUUUUCUAGAUGUUGAUUGGCUCUCUUCAUCGGGAAUUUCAUGUGAAGAAGAAACAUAUGACAGAUCUUCAAUCCUAGGUUCUCCAUCUCGCGGCUUGUCAUCAGAUACCGUGACAAAUGAGCUUGAAGCACAAACAGACCUAUCAGCUUAUAAUCCUGGGGCAAGCUUGAAGGAGGAGCAGACUACUGGAGAAAUCAAUGUUAAUGCUAAAGAGAGUAAGGAGACACAUAGGCAAUUCUCUGAGAAGUUUGUGCGUUGGGUUAGCGAUGGAGAUAUGCUUUUCCCUUGAAGUUCAGUUCUGGUCUAUUUUUGGUGCUAUAUGGAGAAUUAUUUUGGACAGUUACAUUCAAUAGACGGCAUCCUAAGGAUGUCAAUACAUACAGAAAACAAAAAAAAAAUAGGUGACCAACAUUACUUGAGAAAGAUUAGCAUAUACAAAGCUAUUGAGAUUUUGAACUUCCUGCACCAUAGAAAAUUAUAUUAGGAAGUGCAGUUGUAAAUUGAAAAGGAUAUGUCCUUUUUGGAAACUCUUUUCCCAGACUACCAACUUUUGUAGGUUUCAGUUUCUGUAAAUAAUUUAUUAUUAUUUCUAGAAAUUGGAGCUGAAUUAUCCGUUUCGUCAUGCACAAA